AUGAGAUACGUUCUUUUUUCGCUGAGCGCAUUUGUGCUCUACGCGAUCUUCUACUUCUCGUAUAUCAAUGGCCUUGAUGAACUGGGCCGUAACUCUGUCGCAUCUGGCAAGCUCCCUGGCGUAGAUGCGCCGCUCCGCUCAGUCUAUACUGGAGUCGAGCCCGUUGAUCGUAUUUUGACACUGUUGACGACCUUUUUCUAUCCCUCGCUCGAUGGUCAAAGCCCUACUCUACUGCUCCACAGCAUUGCAUUUUCGGGCACCUUUGGAGCUGCCUGGACCUUGGUUGUGUUGGAGUCAUGGCGCAAGGGCAAUGCGGGAACCGUCGCAGCUUACCCUGCUAUUUUCGGUCUGACAGCCCAACUGAUGACCUUCGCUUUCGCGACUCCAUUGAUCUGUGGCCUCCAACUGGGCUGCUCGGUGACUGCGCGUCGCCCCAAUGCUGAUAACAUUCGAGUGCCUCGCGUUGUUCUCGCUGUACUGCCGCUCGUCUUCCUGAUCGGAUAUAUGGUGCCAACCCAAGCGAUGGUGCUACCUGCCCCGUCCCUGAUCUCCAUCGACAUGAAGCAGAUCGCCAUCGCGAUCUGGCAGCCCUGGCCUGCCUACGUGUCCAUUUUGACAACGGUCGCCUACUACGUGCUGUCUCCCUUCUUCCCGAACAACCACCGUGCGUCCAUGUCCGGUCUGCGCUGGGUAUACGCAUCUGCAUUCGCAAAUGCGACCCUGACUCACCUUGUCUCGUGGAUAAUUUCCAUUGCAUCUGUUGCAGUUCCCAACCUGUUUGACGAGCGUUACCUUAGUGACAUCCACCCGUCUAAGGUUUUUGCUAUUCCUCUGCCUUGGUCUGGGGUAAAGGUCGAGACAGUCGCUGAGGGUGUGCACUACUUCUUGCGAUGGGACUAUCUCAUUGGAUCCGCGGGUGUUCUGCUCUGGGCCUUGACUUUGUACAGCGUUGCCCACAAGCAGAUUCUGAGCACUGUUUCUUGGCCAGGCCUUUUGGUCAAGGUUGGCCUCCUGACCGUUCUGACGGGACCCACCGGCGCUGCCGUGGAAUUGAUGUGGGAGCGUGACGAGCUGGUUUUCAAGGAGACCAGUGGUGCUCGGCAACAGGCCAUCAAAACCAAGAAGUCUCUUUGA